CUUGAAUUUAUCUGAAAUUAAAAAAACGCGUGAUUUAAGAUCUACAAUAUAUUUGGGUAUAAAUAUUCCGGAAAAAGUUUUUUCAAUCGUUUCCUGGUCUCUACAUAAAACUUUUACUGCAAAGUAAAAGUUUAUAUAAAAAAAAAUAUAUAUAUAUAAAAUGACUAGGAUUACAAGAAGCAAGAGAACCAAGUACGAUAAAGGCGAGAAAGACGAGACUACGGGAGAUACUGGAAAUACCAAGGCUACCGAGACUUCUACCAUGACUACCGUAAUUACUCCAAAACCUCCGAAUGUUCAAACAAGAAGAUCUUCGGCUCAGACCUCUCGCCAGGGAGAAGUAACACCUUUGACGAUUAAACUAAUUUCUAUAUGGUCAACCAUAAAAAGCCACAAGGACACGAAUGUAUCGUAUAGAAACAGAGUGAUUGCAAAACUUUUCAUGAGUUUGCCAGAUAAAAAGAUGUACCCGGAUUAUUAUGAAGAAAUCAAAAAUCCGAUUUCUUUGGAUGUGAUUAAGCAGAAAAUAGACGAUGGUGAAUAUUUGAAUGAAGAAGCAUUUGAAGCGGAUCUAGAACUAAUGUGUGAAAAUGCAAAGAAAUAUAACGUGGAAGGUUCUCAGAUACACAAUGAUGCAAUCAUUUUACAAAAAUUAGCGCGUAAACUGCUGAAAGGAGAUAUAGAUAAGGAUGAUAAUGAAGUUUCAACAAAUAUUGACGAAGUUGAGCACAAUGGAGAAAUUUAUCAAGUUGGUGAUUAUGUACAUAUAUUCAACGAAGCUAAUCCAAGUAAGCCUAACGUUGCUCAUAUUCACAGAAUUUGGGAGAAUAAUAAAGGAGUAAAAGGUAUUUAUGUAUGUUGGUAUUAUCAUCCUGAACAAACUAAACACCAGGCUACUCACAAAUUUUAUGAAAAUGAAGUAUUCAAAACAAACACAUUUCAUGAUCACUCUUUUAAUGAUGUUAUUGAAAAAUGUUACGUUUUGCAAUAUAAGGAUUACAUAAGUGGAAGGCCAAAGGGUAGUGAGGGUAUGUCGGUGUAUCUAUGCGAAUCUCGUUAUAACGAACAUCAAAAGAAUUUUAGUAAAAUUAAAAAUUGGGCCAGCACAAUGCCAGAUGGAGUUCCGUAUAAGAAAAUGGAACUAGUUAGAUUUAAAGAAGCUAUUAUUCCAAAAAAAGUUGAAAGUGUAUUAGUGGCGAGUUUUAAGAAAACUAUGGGGAAAACUAAAUCCGAAGAAGAUAGAAAAGAAUUACAAGCACACAAAAUAACUAAAUAUGAGCAUGAUGUAGAUUCUUAUCCCGAUGAUCCCCUCUCUCCAUCACGAGCAAUUACACCCGUUAGAAGUACUAGACUUGGACGACCUCCUAGAUCUCGAGGCUCCAAUAGAAGACAAACGCCAGUGACCUAUCAACAUCCACAAUCGUAUCAACCAGCAUAUGAUUCUGAUCAUUAUAAUUAUGCAUCACCCAGCAUAGCACAUUCACCAUAUCCAAUGACGUCAGGAUAUCCGGUUACUUCAACUCCUUUAACCGAAAAUAUACAAACCACCGGAAUGUCUCAUCAAUAUGAAUUUACUGCUCCGUCUCAUGAAAUGGCCAUUUCUAUGCCUCCGGUUCCCCCACAGCAUCAAUUUUUGCCUCAACAAUAUUUUCAAGCACCAUCCAUAGUACAGCAGACAACACCAGUUAUGCAAAAUCCUAUCAUGAUGACCAACGCUGCUAUGACCAACGCUGCUAUGCAUAACUCUGUUAUGCAAAAUUCAGUUAUACAUAAUUCUGUUAUGAGAACCUCUGUUAUCCAAACCCCUAUUAUGCGAAACCCUACUGUGCAAAGCCCUACUAUGAUAAACCCUACUAAACCAACGAUCAAUCAUAGGUCAGAGCCAAUAUUGGAAGUUCCUUCUGAAACUACAGAAUAUUUUGCUUGUGAUGACGGAGGAAACAUGUUGUGGUUUCAUUCUCCACCCGUAGAUGUAGUUUCAUUAGGAGAACCAAUGCAUUCAAUAGAUUAUCUCCAUCGUCGAGAAGAAAUUAUCAUGCGUGAGGGUGACAAGAAAAGAACAUUUCAUGAGAUAUCAUAUCAUAAUGAUAAUCAAAAUACAAAUAUACAGUAUCAACCAGAUCCAAAUUCAAAGAAAUUAGAUUUGGUGAAUAGCAUUGAAAUAUUAGGAGAUAGGUGGAAGAAUGAUGCUAGCUUACUUAAUCAACGACUUGGCGGAAAUCAUCCUGAAUAUUAUUGUGAAAGAGGUUAAUAUGCAUCAAAUCCGAGAAAUGAAAUAAUCGAAAUUUAGAGUCAUCUUGUUGAUAUGGUCUAUAAUAAUAAAUUUUUUUCGAUUUAAUUUACAUAUCAUGCAUAUCGUGGAGGAUCGAAAAUAUGGAUGGGUUUAGAUUAAAAAAUUAGAGAUAGUAUAAUUCUCUUUGAUAGAUAGAUCUCUUAUAAAUGCGAUAUAUGUAAAUUCAAUAUAAUAAACAUAAACAAAAAGAAAAUAUAUUCGUAUAGAUUUAAAAUCAAUAAAUAAAAAUAAUUGUAAAUCAUCAUUAUUCACGAAUCAAAUUACUCUCUGA